ACAUCAAACGUAGGGUACGGUACCUGUACUACUACCGAAGUACACAGUACCGAAAAAAAUUGGCAAAAGAAAAACCAACGUUGCCUCUGCCGAAAGGGAUCACGCUUGUUGUUGUUGUUGUUGUUGCUGUUGCCCCGAAACGCAUCAAUGGUUGGAAUGGAAGCGUUCCGACAAUGACGACCAUCAACUCACUAGGACAUGCACGGGGGGUUUUGAACCAACAAAGAAGACCGCAGAAGAAGAACGGCUACCUCCCGGUCCUCGUCGCGUUCUUGCUGGGAAUCGUGGCCGGGCGAUUCGGCUCGCCGGCGACGGACCGGAAGGUCCCCGCUCCCCCCGGUGCUUCCGCGAGGGGGAACGCCGGAGGCAUCGGCAACCCGCCCCCCCGGACCUCCGUCCGCAGGCUGGAGGACACCCCGUUCCGGGCGACCUCCCACGCGGACCGAGCCACCGGAACMACCAUUGCGAAACAGCAGUUCCUGGACCCCUUUGUCGUGCCGAACCUSGCCGGGGUUUCGGUGGCCACCCUCCGGGCCAACCAGACCGUGGAGCCACACUCCCACCGCAGCAUGCACGAGUUCUUUUACGUGCUGGAGGGCACCGCGGACUUUGCCCUGUGCGGGAGGGAAACCCACCGGGCAAAGGGGGGAACCUUUGUCCACGUCGUGCCCGGCUGCGUCCACAGCAUUGCAAGGGUGCAAGGGACCGGGGGCGACGGCGACGACGGCGACCUCCGGGUGCUGGUGGUAGGCGUGACCGUGGGGGAUUGACGGCGGUGGGUGUCCGAACGAGCCAGCGCUUUCCACCCGAUCUGCUCCUUUCCCCCCCCUCCCGUUCGACCCUUUUGUGUUCCGGUCCCCCGCGUUCGUAGCCCCGUGCGACGUCCUGCACRACAAACAAAAGGCCGGGCUGGCCUCUCUACUAGCAUGCGCUUCGCCGGCAGCUGUGCCGUGGCAGAGGCAAUCAUAGACAAAUUGGAUAUAGCGUAUUAAAUUACUGUACAACGG